CCGUAGACACAUCGUUCGUUGGUCUCCCCAAUUUAGUCGUAGAGUGUUCGGCAAUCAGGAACGUUGGGACUCGAGUAAAAAAUAAAUCUAAUCUAGUUGAGUUUUUAUUUUAUUUUUUUCAUUUUUUUUCCGACACCACCGCCGAUCAUCCGCCAACAGUUACUGCAUAUUUAUGAAAAAAAAAACUCAUCGGCUUUGAGUGAAAAAGUGCACAACGAACGACUCGAUUUAUUUAUUAUAAAUAUUGACUGGUGCUCAUCAUUCAGUUGAGUUUCACGUGUGAGUGAUUUUUUUUUUUUGGUUCAUCUUCGAAGGAAAAGGAACAAAUUUUUUCAGUGAUUAAUUACUUGUGAAUGGAGUGUAACAAGUGAUAAUUCUUUUACUCGGAUCAUAGAAUGGCCCUUUCCUAUCUCCAGGAGGCACAGACUGACGCAGGACUCUUGACGAACCAACAAUUCGAGAUGAAGCAGGAGAGUGAAAAACAACCGUUGUCACCGCCAUUGAAUAAUAACACGUCAGUAUCAAUAUUUCCGCGAAUGGGUGCGGCAGCGGCGGCAGGACUGUCAAUGCUGACACCCCAGCAGUUGUUGGCAGCGAGUCACACGGCAGCUCUGAUGGCCGCUGGUAUUCCGGUGUCAUUGCACGCGAGUUUGGCAGCAGCAAGUCCGUCCCUUUAUGCACAUACACAAUCGUUAUUCGGGGGUUGGCCACCAGCAGCCUCAUCCCCCCCGCUGUCCCUCCAACACAGCCCCAUAUCUCCAGCCCUGAGCACCAAAUCUAACUCUCGAUCGCGUACAAAUAACAACAACAACAACAACACCAGUACUGGCAAUAGUAACAACAACAAUAACAAUAUUGUCAGCAGUAGUGCAGACCGGAUGUUGCAUAAAAAGGGAUUGGGAAAGAAGCGGGGACCGAAGAGUAAAAUUGACUUGAGUUCACCGACGAUGGUUGAGGGUACGGCGCCUCUCAGCCCACCGGCUUCAAUAAGUCCAGAAGCUGUCAAGGACAGUAAGGAUAAAAUUUUCACCUGUCGCACUUGCUCAAGAUCAUUCGGAUACAAGCAUGUGUUGCAGAAUCACGAACGAACUCAUACCGGGGAAAAACCUUUUGAAUGUCCUGAAUGCCAUAAAAGAUUCACCAGAGACCACCAUUUGAAAACCCAUAUGAGACUCCAUACAGGUGAAAAGCCAUAUCACUGCAGCCACUGUGAUCGUCAAUUCGUCCAAGUAGCCAAUCUGCGUCGUCACCUUCGCGUCCACACCGGCGAGCGUCCAUACGCCUGUGAAUUUUGUGCCCAAAAAUUCAGUGAUUCCAAUCAACUGAAAGCCCAUCUUCUGAUUCAUACGAAUGAGAAGCCCCUCCAAUGUCCUCACUGUCUCAAAAGGUUCAGACGAACACAUCAUCUACUUCAUCACAAGUGCACAGCACGACAGGGUGCACUGCAAAUGGCAUCGCCUUCAGCAGUGAGCGAUGACCUGGACGAGGAGCCGGACAUUGAUAUCGAUGGUGAGGUAGAUGAGAAGCCAAAUGUAUCAUCAAGAAAGGCCCACAAUCGCUCACUACCAAGUCCAGGAAUGAAGAGCGAAGCUCCGAUGCCAUUGAAUUUAUCUGGUGUGUCAAUUGACCUUCCUGAGCAGACUGAACCCGAGGACUUGUCAAUGUCAACUGGCAUGCACAGGCCAUCAUCACACAGUCACAGCAGUGGUGAUUCACCACUCAGCAGGAGCCCAAGCAGUGAUACACUUCAUGAAGAUGAGGAGGACGAGCUCGAUGUCUCCGAGGCAAGUCCCAGCACACUCUUCCUUCAUCGUCAUCACGACGAGUACAGACUUCAUCUAGCUAAGAUAGCUAACAGUGGCUCCAACAGUGCAUCAUAGUCGGGCCAAGGUACGUAGACGACAGCUACGUAGCGUAGGAACUUGUUGGUUGCGUGAGGAUUCAUUGAUACAGACCAAUAACGAAAAAAAAAAUUAUUCAGUCAUAGCGUGAUUAAGAUUGGUUUCUCCCUGUAAUUAUUCCUUGAUUACUUGUAUGAUUGUAAAGUUGAUGAACGUGUGUGCUGGCCAAAAUGACGGUAGGGCAUUGAUGAUUGAAAUUAUUACGGAAUUUGUAGAUAUGGAUAAAUGUGUCAGCUGAUUGAUAUCACACAGGCAAGAUCACUUCGGUCGUUGUGAUGGGAAAUAAAUGAAUGAAGUUCAUUGAUCUUUUCAUUUAGCUCGAUUACUCGUGCUAGAUAGCAAAAUAUUCAGGGAUGCAUCGAUGUACAUUGAUAUCAUAUAGACAAUGCGUAUAUUUGUAUGCAUUUGAUAGUAUUACACUGAGUUGGCGAGAAAUUUGUUUAGAGUGCAUCAAGGAUGAUGUGAAUUUUCAAUAUUUCUCUUGGUCAGUCUGAAUUAUUAGGUAGAAAUUCGUAUUUCGGUGUAAAUAGUUGUAUUCAUUAAUGAAGAACAGAGAUUAAUAUCGAGGAAACGCCUAUAUUAUAUAUUAAGUUUAGACGUUGUAGUUAGUGUGUUUAAUUAUCAUCUUUUCCAUCGGAAAUCGCAGAAGUUGGGGAGACGAGGAAUAUGCGGAUUUACCAUGUUGUCCGGGAAAGGGCAAAUGGAAAUUCCAAUGGAAUAGACAGUUCAGUGGGAUUAGAAUGUUCAUCAGAUAGCCCAGAUGGUGAUUGAUUUUUAAUGUCAUUCAAUCCAGUCGAUAACAAUGUAUAUUUAUUUUUCUCCCACCUCGGGGCUUCUGCGUGCCACGUUGUUAUUGAUUUAUAAUUUUUUAUUAUUAUUAUCACUAUUAUUUUUUCAUAGAUAAACAUGUAAAAUGCCAAAUCGAAUGAAUAUUGUUGAAUACAAAGUUACCAAAAUUCAAAACUACGAAUUUUUCGAUUGACCUGACGCUGACUAAGAACAACUCAAUAUUUUCAUGACGAGUGAUGUGGACAUUGCGAGCAAAUGAAUUUUUCAAUGUUUUUGGAAUUCGUAGGGGGGUGGAGGGUAAUAUUUCUGAGAAAAUUUCACAGGUUCAACUCGGAAAUUUUAUCGGAAAUACCGAGGAGUUUUGGAUUUAAUGAUCUAGAAGCUUUCACGGUCAGUGGAUUGGAAUUAUUCCCCAGGUUCGUACUAGAAUUUCUCUAGAAAAUUCCUCCAGGCGUCUUGAGGCGGAAUUUUGGGAAAUCGUAGUUCGAAGUAAUUCGGAAAGUUUCUCGGGAUUUUGAAAAAAAAUUGAGGAAUUCCAAGAGAUUUUCAGGAGAUUCAAGCAUUUUCCAAGAGAACCUCGAGUGUGUUGAGUUUUCAAAAAUUCAGAGAAUUUUUGGAAUACUCAAGAAAUUGUAAAGCAUUUCAAGAAAUUCGCGGAUUUUUAGACAAUUCAAGGAAUUUCUAAAAACUCCAGGAAACGCAACGGGUUUGCAGGGAUUUCCCAAGAGUUUCAAAUGGUUUAGGAUUUCAAAAAAUUCACACAAUUUUGGAAAUAUUCAAGAGACAAUUAAUAAUCUUUAUAAACUUCAAGAAAUUUUUUUUCGUAAAUCUAAGACUACUUUUCGCCGUCCUCGAGGAAAGACACCUCCACAGAUGUCUUUCUUCACUUUCCCUGAUAUCAAAGGUCCAGUCACCGUCAAUUGCCUGAGCCAAAUUCCAAAUUUUCGUGAAAAUCACCGGCUAAAUAAAAAAUUCCCUAAAAUAUAAUUUCUCAAAGUCAAAAAAUAGAGACUCUCCGGGGCCCCUGUUCGUUAGUUCUCAAUGUGUUUCUGAUUUAUGUCUCGUCAUGCAAAUUUUCUAGAGUAAAAAGGGGAGGUGGACAAGGGGAAACCUUGGGCUCUCGACCUCCAGUGCAUUGUUCCCCCGCGUUCCCCCGAAUGUUGAGGUAAUAUCUCUGGCUCUCUCUUUGCCUGGAGAUCCCUGGACCUCCCCGUAGCCGACAAAGAGACACUACAAUCGUUUGUGCAAAUGUCGUUCACAAAAUCUUGAAAUUGCCCUCGUUUCCUUCCUCAGGCCAUUUUAAACGCUCGAAUUUCGCCCGGGAGGUAGCCAAGGGUGUCUGCAGGCAUCGAGUCCCUUUUUUUUUUCUCUCUCCGUUUUCACUUCUCCUUUCUCAUUUUUUUUGCUCCUCGGGGCCCGUUAACUGCGUUGGUACAUCGCUACACGUUUCACUUCGUCCAUUGACGUGGAUGCACUCUCCGGGGAUGACAAUGGCGUGUGCCCAAGAUAUGUUUCUUAUUUGAUGCUACUCCCGGGCGCUUACGCUCGAUCGAACUCGAUCAAGAUUUAUUUAUUUUAUUUAUUUUUUCUCGGGAUUUUCGACUGUCGGGGGAUGGUACCCAUAGAUUCUUAGUCCUCGAGAGAUGGGGGCGGGAGGGGGAGGGGUAAAUAUGAGGGAAUAAUGGGGGUAGAAAAUUCUUUCGGACUUUCCUCGAGGAUUACUGAAGUGGGUCCAGGUAUUUCAAGGAUUUUUUUUAAUCAAAACGUUUCCACUGGGCCCUUUGGGAUCCCUCGAACAAUUUGCGAUUUGUGAUGGACGAAAUGUGUGUGGCCCAGGCCCUAAGGGUAAUUUUUUGCGGGUUCUCUUAGUCCGAAUAAUUGUCAUCAAAAAUUGUAAACGGGUCAGUGACACGACCCCCAACUCCAACGUCUCCGAGAGUCAAAUAGACGGGCGGGAAAAAAAUAUACAAAUGCGGUGGCUAUUGUGAGUGCUUCUACAGGAGAUAGAAUACAGAAUUGUAACGAACGGUCGACAAGUAAUGUGCCCUUUUAGUAAAAAAAACAUGUCCCUUGGUCUUGCGAAAUCAGCGCCCUUUCUGUGCGUUUUUUACAGGACUUUUGCUAACGAAUUUCACUUCAUUCACUGUGGGGUGGAUUUCUUAUUUCUCAUCCGAGGGAACCGGUUCAAUUUACUGGGGAAUUCAAAUGUCUGACACACUUGCAUAUUUUCCACUAGCGAAUUGGAGUGCACGAGAAAAAAUAUUCAGGAGAAAUUUUAGCGACGGUAUCGGAAAUUUUUUAUGUAAAAAAUCAAAUCUUUUUUUUCUGCUGAAAAAUGUUUUGACCAGAAUAAAUAUGUCUCACUUAUUUUACUUAAAUUCCAACACAAAAUUCUUGGUUUGGUUAAUUUGGUAAAAGAUAACGUGAUUGAGAUGUUAUUUAUUGCUCCCAAAACGAUAUUUCUGAAACGAAAAUAAAAUGAGAUUUUCAUAUAUAAAAAAUUUGGGUAAAUACACAUUUAGCGCAGGGAAAAGUAAUAAAUUUAUUUUAUUAUGUAAAUUUGCGGGAAAAUAUCUAACGCGUAAUUACUACAUUUUCCAAAAAACAUUGAAAUCUAUUUAUUCUGCUCGCUCUACAUCAUCAGAAAAAUUCGGUGAUAGGGAUGGGCGACAUUUCCUUUUUUCCGAAAUUUCCCAGUUCCCUAUUUGACAUAAUUAAUCUGAUUGAUUAAGAAUAAAUGACAACUUUUACGCGACCAGAAAUAAUGAUUUCUGACUGUAAACGCUAUAAGUGACAAAUGAACGAUUCCAGUCGUCCAUUUUUUUCAAAUUUACCAGUAAAAAAAUUACUAAAUAAAUUCUUUGAGUGUAAAAAAAAUUUACGAAUAAUUGAUAUUACUCCUAACAAUCGCUCGUCCCUACCCGGGAAAUUUGUUAUCUAGCAUUAAAACUACAAAAAAAUAAAUAAAUACCAAACGCUCCUCGACUAUUGAAAUAGUUCCUAAAAAGUCCAUUCGAAAUAAGCUAUUAGAUUUAUUUAUAAAAUUUCCUCUGUGUUCAAUAACUUGGUAAUCGAUAAUUAAAACGAUAAUUAAAAAAUUUCGUCGCUUGUCCCAAUGUCGUAAACUAUUAUUGUUGUCACUUGGAGAAUCCGAAACGAUAAGAAACGGUAUAAGGUAUUUUAAUGUAUAUUAUCAUUAUUGAAUAGUUUAAACGUCGUGGAGUAGGAAAUUAUCAAUUUUAUCAAUUUAUUUGAGGGGAAGGAGGAGAGAGACGACAAACAAUUGCCAAAAUACGAAACUUUAACAAGGAAUAUUAAUGAAACCACUGAAAUUUCAAAUUGUCACGAGAUACAUCUAAACGGUAUAAUCAGUGUAACUAAUUAUGUAAUUUUGUACAGCAAGUUUAAUAUAAACGUACGAAAUUCGAGGUGAACCGAAAUAUUUGAUCGGAUGGAAUUUAGCCGGUCAAUAUCUCCAAAUCUAAGAGAACUAGCGGAUUUUUCAUAAUGACCUUUUUUGUAGUGCUCACCUCGCUCUACAAAAAAGGUUAUGAUAAAAAUUAUUUUAUCUCCCAUAAGUUGCGAGAUAUUCGCAAAAAACUGGUGGAUAGGUCUCUGAUCGCCAUUCAUUUGCGAGCAGUUCGUAUUCGUGCGGAAAUUCCAUCAGUUCAGGUAUUCGGUCCUCGAAGAGUGCGCGGUACAAAUACAGACCUUACGAAUAAUUGAAGGAGAGAAGGCAUAAUAGUUGAAUAAUAAUUGUGGAUCAAUGAUAAGCCAUUGUAAAUUGUUCUCGCUUAGUACACGAUAACGCAAGUACCACGAUAACCGCAGAUAUCAUGACUCACUGAGAAAAAAAAUUCUUUUCCCCGAGUCGUGCGGAAAAGUAUCAUUUUAGACGUGCGACGUGUGGUUUUAACUUUUUUUUUUUUAUUUUCAUGCAAUUUUCCGCCCCGUGCGGUAAAGGCACCUUUUCCGUACAGCUCGAGGGAAAUAAUUUUUUUUUCAGUGCAAUUAUGGACAUUCAGCAUGAAAUAUAUAUAUAACUGUUUAUUGUUUCACUCAUCUCCCUGACGUACCGCGCGAGCAGCAAUUUAAAUGGCACAAACAGAAGUUAUUUAAGAUUGAAAGAAUUAGUGUAAAAUAGAAAUAUAAAAAAAAUGAUGAAAAACAAUAUGAAGGGACAAAUGUAUACUAUGAAACUGACACUACCUCACCAGACACCUAAUAUAUCUCAACCACAAGACUGAUUUUACAUAGUAUUCCUAUAAGUAAGAGAACAAAAAUAAUAAUAAAAAAAAAAUGUCACAAUGUGAAUGAGAGAAUUUAUUCGUAUGAAGAGAUCAUUUUUUUGUAAGUAGAUCAAAUGACCACUUAACACACCAGAUUUCAUGGACGACGUUCAUUGAUCGAUGGACGUCUGCUUUUUCUCUCUGAAGCAAUUUUUACAUUAUUCAAUUGACUAUUAAUCAUCCGGCUCCGAUAACAAUUGUAAAGCGUAUCUCGAUUUUGAAAUUAUUUGGUUAAACGAAUCAGUGUAUAGAUGGGCAUUUACUUGUCUCUUGAUUCGACGCUCGUCGAACAUAUUUUUAUUAUUAAAGAUUCACUGUUCAAUCGUU